GCAGCGCGUCACUGCUGUGCGCCACGGGUCCGGGCGUGAUGGCGGCGCUGGGCGGGGACGGGCUGCGCCUACUGUCGGUGUCGCGGCCGGAGCGGCAGCCCGAGUCAGCCGCGCUGGGCCCGGGGCUGUGCUGCUGGGUGUCCGUGUUCUCCUGCUUCAGCCGCUGCUCCUACGUGGGCAGCCUCUACGUGUGGAAGAGCGAGCUGCCCAGGGACCACCCUGCUGUCAUCAAGCGGCGCUUCACCAGUGUCCUGGUGGUCUCCAGCCUGUCCCCUCUUUGCGUGCUGCUCUGGAGGGAACUCACUGGCAUCCAGCCAGGCACAUCACUGCUCACCCUGAUGGGCUUCAGGCUGGAGGGCAUUUUCCCAGCAGCUCUGCUGCCCCUGCUGCUAACUAUGGUGAAUCCUUUUCUGGGUCCACUGAUGCAGCUCUCUAUGGAUUGCCCGUGUGACCUGACAGAUGGGCUGAAGGUUGUCCUGGCCCCUCGUUCUUGGGCCCGCUGCCUCACAGACAUGCGCUGGCUACGGAACCAAGUUAUUGCACCCUUGACAGAGGAGCUGGUGUUCCGGGCUUGCAUGCUGCCCAUGUUAGCGCCAUGCACAGGUCUGGGCCCCGCUGUGUUCACCUGCCCACUCUUUUUUGGAGUUGCCCAUUUCCAUCACAUCAUUGAGCAGCUGCGGUUCCGCCAGAGCAGUGUGGGGAGUAUCUUCUUGUCUGCAGCCUUCCAGUUCUCCUACACUGCUGUCUUUGGUGCUUACACGGCUUUCCUCUUCAUCCGCACAGGACACCUGAUAGGGCCGGUCCUCUGCCACUCCUUCUGUAACUACAUGGGCUUCCCGGCCGUGUGCGCAGCCCUGGAGCAUCCACACAAGUGGCCGCUGCUGGCAGGCUACGCUCUCGGUGUGGGACUCUUCCUGCUUCUGCUUCAACCCCUGACGGACCCCAGGCUCUAUGGCAGCCUUCCCCUCUGUCUGCUUUUGGAACGAACUGGCGGAGCCUCAGAGACCCUGCUCUGCUCCUGACCAUCACUCUUGUGCAUACUCCAGUGAACUCUUGACGGGCUCGCCAGCCCUCCCUAUCAAGA